CUCGGGUUUAAAAGGUCUUUAACUCUGUUCCCAUUUCACCCAAAGUUCAACACGAUUCUUCUCGCAACCGCUCCUUCAUUUACUCAAUAUCGCAGUUGCUGUUAUUUCGAGUUUUCAUCGGAGGUAAACAAGCAUGGGUCAGAUUCAGUACUCCGACAAGUAUAAUGAUGACAUCUAUGAGUACAGGCAUGUCGUUCUUCCAGCGGAGGUUGCCAAAUUGCUCCCCAAAAAUCGCCUACUCGCGGAAAAUGAGUGGCGCGCCAUUGGAGUUCAGCAGAGCCGAGGGUGGGUUCACUAUGCUAUUCAUCGCCCGGAGCCGCACAUAAUGCUAUUCAGGAGGGCACUCAAUUACCAGCAGCAGCAGAAUUAGGCUCUCCCCCUAUGUGCUUGCCAGUUCAACUUCUCACUUGAUCUUUAGAUUGCUAAAAUGAUAUGAUUUCCUAUGCAAGUAUUAUACCAUCUAUUAUAACUGGUUCAGAAACUCUUGUUUCUCCUAAGUGAAUUGCGAGUGUUUAGUGUUCCACAUAUGUUAAGAAUUUCAUGCUGAAGUUGUUUUUCAACAACUUGGAUGUCAUCACUCAUCAUAAUUCACGGUCUUCUUCUUUUUGCUA